AUGAUUAUAUACUCUGUCAGACUGGUUAAUGGGUCCAGUCUGUGUUCAGGCAGACUGGAGGUGAAGUCCAACCAGUCCUGGUCCUCUGUGUGUGAAGAUGACUUUGACCAGCAGGAUGUACAGGUGGUCUGCAGGGAGCUAGGCUGUGGGCCUCCUUCUGCCCUCCAGGGGGCGCUGUAUGGAGAAGUGGAUGUUCCAACGUGGACCAAAGAGUUCCACUGUGGAGAAACUGAGUCUGGUCUUUUGGCCUGUAGAAAGUCAGGUUCAGGCAGAAAGACCUCCUUACCUGGUAACGCUGUUGGACUCACCUGCUCAGAGCCUGUCAGGUUGGUGGGAGGAGCCAGUCGCUGUGCUGGUACACUGGAGAUGACUCUCCAGGAAGACUGGAGACCAGCGGAUUACUGGGACUAUAACUGGACCAUGACGACAGCAGUUCCCGUGUGUCAAGAUCUGGACUAUGGUUCUGCUGUUUAUACAAAAAGGAGGCAUGUUUCCUCACACAGACCUGUGUGGGGGAUCAGAUCUCAGUGUGUUCAGUCUGGAUCUGCACUGAGAGACUGUCUGACAUCUUCAGCUUCUUCUUUCGACGGCCUUUAG